GGACCCACCCGUUCCGCUGGGCGCCGGCAGCCGGGAGUCGAGGACCCCCGCGACCCAGCCCCAGCCGGCCGGCCGGCCGGCCGCCCGGUCCUCUUCAGCCGUAGGCCCGCAUGGAGGGGACUGCGGAGUCCCAGACGCCUGACCUGCGAGAUGUGGAGGGCAAGGUGGGCAGGAAGACCCCCGAAGGGCUGCUCCGCGGGCUGCGAGGCGAAGGGGAGCCGGGAACCUCUGGCGCCCCGCUGCUCCCGGGGGCGCCUGGCGCGGGCCACGGCCUGGGGGACAAGAUCAUGGCGCUGAGGAUGGAGCUGGUUUACCUGCGAGCCAUCGAUGUGAAGAUCCUGCAGCAGCUGUUGAGCUUGAAUGAGGGCAUCGAGGCUGUGCGCUGGCUGUUGGAGGAGAGGGGGACACUGACCAGCCACUGCAGCAGCCUCACCAGCAGCCAGUAUAGCCUGACAGGCGGGAGCCCAGGCCACUCAAGGCGAGGCAGCUGGGACAGCCUGCCAGACACUAGCUCCAUGGACCGGCUGGACAGUCUCUCCAUUGGCAGCUUCCUAGACACGGUGGCCCCCAGCGAGCUGGAUGAACAGGGCCCCCCUGGUGCUCCCCGCCCUGAGACGGACUGGGCAAAGGUUAUACCCAGUGGGGACAGGGCCAGGACUGAGGUGGACCCGACAGCCAGCAGACUAGGGAGCUUGAGGGCUGUAUGGAAGCCCCCAGGGGAGGGGCUCCAUGGUGGACCUCCUGAGCCCCUAGAGGAUGAAGGUGCCAAACUGGGCUUUGAGGCCCACUGGUACUGGGGGCAGUGCCAGGAUGACGUGACCUUCUUAUAAUAACUUUCCCACCCUUUUGUAUUCCUGUGGCUCUUUUAUCGCUAGGCCCUGGUCUCCCUAGAAGUUUAUUCUCCCUCAUUCUGGGGCUAGGAAGAGGCUACAUUGAAAUCAGUUACCAUGGAAACUGGUCUUACCAUCCUUUUGGUCCCUGAGGAGGCUGUCCUUUAUCCCUCCAUUAUUGGGACCCUAGAGCUAUUUCCACAGAUACAUUGACUCUAGAGGCUUGGCCCGUGGCUCCUGGUGUGAUAGUAUCUCUUCCCGUGCCCCUGCAACUAGGUCAGGAUUUGAGGGAUUUAGGAACCCUAGGAGAUCGCUGAAGAAGAGAUGGGGGUGCAAUGACUUCACCCAACAUCUUGGAGCCUUGGCCCCCCUCUUGGCCAAGAUGGAGAUUGUGGAGGGACAUGGACAUUCAGGGCCAACCCUCCAUGGAUUGGCCCUCCCAGAAGCCUUUGGGGUUGGUAGAACCACCCCUUCCUGUCUGGUGAGUGAUGUCACUUCCUGCCAAGAUGGGUUAGCCUCUCUUUGGUACGGGUCCUUAGGGGUCAGUAUGCAGGUGGCUGAGCCCCUGCUGCUAAGUGAGACCAUACCAUUUAUUCUCUAUACCAUUAUUUCUUGCAAGUGGGGACAUUCCCCCCUCCUGGGAGGAAAGCUGCUCACUGCCAGGGAUUUGUGCUUCUUUUCAGAAAGAUUCUUACUUUUUAAAUGGAAUGUUCUCAUUUUAGUCCAGAGGGUCUCACUUCCUCUGUGGCCACAUUCCUGUCUGAUGCCAGUAGUCCUAUAUCUGUGCGUUUAGGAAGGGAAAUGCCGGGGCCUCUACCCACAGCUCUCACAAGUUUGUAUGGCCUGCCCUAUUUGGUCCCCUGUCUUACCCUGUCCCUGGCUUGCCCCCCUUCUUGUAUUCUGGCUCCAAAUCUGUCUGCCAGGAGGUUCAGCUUUUGUGUCUCCACACCUUCUCGGUUUCCACUUCCACUUCGGGGCCUCAGGCCUUUUAUAUGCAGAUGAGUUUCCCCAUUUCUCCCCCCCAAACACCUUCUUUCCCCAUUGCUGAUGGAAAUCUGAGGGAGGAGAAGCUUGAAGUCUCUGGGCUCUGGGGGGGGUGUAUCAUAAUUUCUAAAGUGGGGAGGUGUCUUCUCUGAUCCCAUGAUUUCCCUUCCCCCAUCCUGCCCGGGACCUUCCAGCAUAGGGUCACAAGGAUGCCUGCCAGAGGCUGAGACACAAGAACUCCCCUUGUCUGGGUUACAAUGGAUGGUGGGGGGUGGGGGGUGGCAGGGAAAGACAGAGGCCCUUUGGUCCUAGGGCCCACAUCCUGGGAGGGGGAGAGAUGGUGAAGGGGGGAAGCCUACUUUCCUUCCUCCCUUAGAGCAAGCCCUAGAUGCCUGGGACCUGAGGAGAGGGCAGGAGACCGGUUCUGGGCCUGGGUCCUUGGACCCUAGGGAAUUACAACGAAGAAAGAAUUCACAGAAGCUGCCAACCUGGAGCCCAAGGAGGGGACAGAUUGGGCGGCAGGGACAGCGGUGGUGAGAGCAGGGGCUGUGACUGAUGUCAGAGAAUGAAUUAUUGGCGAUUAACCCUUGGAACCCCAGCUAACUGCCCCUAUUUUGGUCCUUGUCUUUCCUGGGGCCUGAGACUAAUUAUAGGAAGGCAAAAAAGAGAAAAGGAUGUCAGGUGAUCCUUACCUAGUUGUUGUGCCGUCUUGUGUGGAGGUGUCUUCCUCCAAUCCUAAAAUAACCCCUGCAGUUUCUUUACUUUUCUUUCUCUGCUGGGGAAGGGAAGGAAGCCAAGUUCAUCUCCACUUCCCCUAAAUUCCUCAGGUUUUGUUCUGCAAGCACUGCGCCCGGUCGUUUGGCGGCAAUACAUUCAGUCUGUAGCUCUCUCCUAAAGACUCUCUCCUAUCUCCUCAAGGUGAUGGAACUCUCUAAAGCAUAUUCUUAGCCCCUCCUCCUUUGCCACCUGCCAGCCCUCUCUGUGCCACUUCUCCUGGACUUGGGGCACCUGCCGCCCCCUCAGGCUGGGAAUUCAGAUACCCCUUUCCAGUGCCUACUCUGUUGCCAUUUUGUAAUGUACUCUUGGGUAAACUACCUUUUCAUUUCAAAGCCUUGUAUUCCUUUUUGAAGUGCAGUGUACUCCUUUGGGUAGGCUACACACUUCUGAGCUGAAGAGGUUGCGCACCCUCUUGUGGCCAUUAUGUACCAUUGCCGGGGUAACUGCACAGAAGCCCUAAGUUCAAGGAGACAGACCAGCCCCUUUGUGCACAGACAGGUAGAGAGACAGGCCUGAAGAGGGCCGAGACUUGUCCAGUGUCACCAUUGUAGAUCUACACCAAUGCUGGGUUAGAGAGCCCCUUGCCUGUCUGCCCACAGUGUCAUCACUUGGCCAGACUGUUGGUUCCCUCACCCCACCCAGUUGACAUCACCCAAGCCGAAAGAACAGAAAGAAAUUUCUCCAGUUUAAUAUUUGGGUUCUUCACCCCACUCUAGAGAGGCAGCUCAGUGUUUGGAGAAAGAGCUAUAGGCUCUGAGGAAGGAGAACCUUGGACCUGGAUUGGGUAGAGGGCUCAUGAAUCUGGACUGCAGAUAUAAGAAAAAUCAUCCUGGACCAACUGUUUUUCCAGGGAAGCUCAGCAUUUCAGACCUGGAGGUUAGAUGUGGGGUGGGGGUGGGGAGAUUUGGGAUGAGGAAAUCCAGAUGGGUCCUGUGGAGUGGGCGAGGAGCUCCCCAGGUCAAGGGAGUACAGCUGGGUAGGCACAUUUGGGUAAAGGCCAAGAUGAGACUGUUCAUGGCUGCUACAGAAACAAAGCCCAGGAGGGGAAAGCGGGGUGCUGACAGAAUGAGUCCAUGAAGGAGAUACAAGGCAAGUGUAAGGGCCCACAUUUAGGAUGGGAUGGUAUGGUUAACACUGGGCCGACUGGAAGCUCAGUGGCAGCCUAGGGGAGAAGGGCUCGGGGCUUGUAGCAGACAAGCUCACUGUGCAUGGUGCCAGGGGCUACUGGGUGUUCAGUGACGCCUGAUGAUUGAAUGAAAGAAUGAAUGUGUGUAAACCCACCAGGAGAUGUGACCUAUUUUCUUAAAAAGUGGGUAAUUAGAUAGUAGGAGGUAAUUUAAAACCUUAUUCUAUUUAAUUCAAAGCAACCCUAUAACUAACACAUUCCUAACAAUGUAUGGUUGCUUAGACGUUUGCUCAAGGUCAGAGAGGUACGAAAUCAACUAUGAUAUGAACCUGAGUCAGCCGACUGCUUGGGCGCCCAGGAAGCCUUCCCUGAUUCUUCACUUGUCACUGUCACAGACGUUACUCUUCUAGGAGAACAGGUUAUGCUGCCCAGUGACAGGGCCAGUGUACUAGCUCCUUACUGCCGCUGUAAUGAAUGAGCACAACGGCUUAAAACAACACAAAUUCAAUAUAUUACAGUUCAGGAGGUCAGAAGUCUGAAAUCGGUUUCACUGGGCUGAAGUAAAGUCAAGGUGUUGACCUAUCUGUAUUCCUCCUGGAGACUCUAGAAGAGAAUCCAUUUCUUUGACUUUUCUGGCUUCUAGAGCCUGCUUGCAUUCCUUGGUUCAUGGCCCCUUCCUCCGUCUUCAAGGCAGUAGAAUGGCAUCUUCUCUCCUCUCUGACCUCUGCUUUCAUUUCUUCUAAUUCUAUUUUCUCUUAUGAGGAUUAUGUUGUGAUUACAUACGCUUGGGAGUAUAUUGGGCCCACUGGGAAGAUCUAGGAUCAUCUCCCCACGUCAAGAUCCUUACUUAACCUUAUCUUCAAAGUCCCCUUUGUCAUAAAAGGUAAGAUAUUCACAGGCUUUGAGGAUUAGAACAUGAACAUCUUUGGUGGAAGAGCCAUUAUACAGCCUACCAAAAGCAGAGAUGGAGGGUGGGUAGAUGGAUGCACCCAGCAUCCAUCUGUGUUUUGUCCAGGUUCCCUAAGCUUGAAGUGAAGGGUGGCAGGAAGAUGGGUGGCCAAGGGGAAGGUGGCCAGGUCCAGGCCCCAUGUCUGGAAAGUGUGCAAUGUGCCUCUUACAUAAUCACUACCAGGAAGAGCUGAGACGGAAGGGAGAAAUUCUCAGUUUAGGGAAUUUUGAGGCUUGACACUUUCCUAGUGAACAUGGUAGUGGAUUCCAGCAGGCUCUGUCUUCAACACUGCCUCCUCUCUAAAACCAUUCUGUGCUCCUCAAGGCAGAAGAUAAUUACCAGCAAACUAGUCUGGGCUCUCUGAAAAGGGUAGAUUCAUUGUCACCUUUUUAAAUCCUUAUGUUUGGGAUCCCUGGGUGGUGCAGCGAUUUGGCGCCUGCCUUUGGCCCAGGGCGCGAUCCUGGAGACCCGGGAUCGAAUCCCAGGUCGGGCUCCCGGUGCAUGGAGCCUGCUUCUCCCUCUGCCUGUGUCUCUGCCUCUCUCUCUCUCUGUGUGACUAUCAUAAAUAAAUAAAAAUUAAAAAAAAUAUUGAAAAGAUUCUAAAAAAAUAAAAUAAAUAAAUCCUUAUGUUUUAUUCCUUAAUAAGUUAAACCAUGCCUCUCAGAACAUGGUGAACUCUCAUCCUCAGUUAAUAACUAGGGCCUUUAUUGCUUUAUUUUCUUCUUUUGAUCCCUGACCCCAAUUCUCAUUCCUCUCCCUGACCUAGGCACACCCUCUAAUGUUUUAGUAUGUGUUUGGAUAUAUUUGUAUGUUUAAAAAAAUAUGUAAUUGUGUGCUUAUGUGUUUUAAUAUAUAUAAAUGGUAUUCUUUACUACUAUAAGCUAACUUCCACAAUGAAUUGCCCCGUAUUUCAGCGAUUUAACACAGUAAAGAUUUAUUUUUCACUUAAGCACAGGUGUUCCUGCCUAGACAGCUCUCUUCCACUGUCCAUUUCAGGUCCCAGGCUCCUUCCAUUUUUCAAGUGGUGAUAGCCUGAUUCUGCAUCAUAAAGUUCCUGUCAACUUUUUCCAAAUUGUUUUAAUAUCCAUUAACAUCUGUUUCAUAAAUUGGCUAUUUCACAAGAUAUUACAAAAUGAUGACUUUUAUUAGUUCUAAUUCUAUACAGAAAAUCUUUUUCACAUCCUCUAGACCAUUUGGUUACCCUAAAAUAAAGUUUAUACCAGAAUAGCAAGAUGAAUGCUUAAAUCUCUUACCGCACUUAUCCCUUUUAAACUAGUAAACUGAUGCCCUAGCAACUUGGUGUUCAAUUAUUUUGUUUUGUUUUACUCUCUCUUUAAAUUAUUGUGAAUUUGUAGUUUUAAAUAUAUUUAAUGUCUUUUAA